AUGGAUUGCAAUGGUGAAAAGGUGCGAAAAACGAUCGCCAAUUUGUGCGGAAUCUUUCCGUUCCAAGGAUCGUCCACGCGCAGAUCAACGUCAAGCGGAUUCGGGGCUGCUAGUUCAGUGCAUAUCCGUGAUCAAUGCAGGGAGCUAAUCCUCACAGACAAACAGAUCGAGGAGAUUAUGCGACGGGUGAUCAAGGAAAUUAACCGAGGGCUCAGUAAAGAAACGCACGCCGAGGCUGACGUUAAAUGCUUCAUCACCUACGUACAGGACCUGCCAAAUGGGAAAGAAAAGGGAAAGUUUCUGGCCCUCGAUCUUGGCGGCACCAACUUCCGGGUGUUGCUGAUCCACCUGAAGGACGAGAACGACUUCGAGAUGCUGUCGAAGAUUUAUGCCAUUCCACAGAGCAUUAUGCUCGGUAGUGGGACGCAACUGUUUGACCAUAUUGCUGAAUGUUUAGCCAACUUUAUGAAGGAACACUCAGUGUACGAGGAACGUUUGCCGCUAGGAUUCACAUUCUCAUUCCCGCUAACGCAGUUGGGUCUUACCAAAGGUAUUCUUGCCCGAUGGACGAAAGGUUUCAACUGUUCCGGUGUCGUCGGUGAGGACGUUGUGCAGCUGCUGAAGGAUGCUAUCGCCAGACGGGGGGAUGUACAAAUUGAUAUCUGUGCCAUCCUGAACGAUACUACUGGUACACUGAUGUCCUGUGCGUGGAAGAAUCACAACUGCAGAAUAGGACUGAUUGUCGGUACGGGCAGUAACGCGUGCUACGUGGAGAGAGUGGAAAACUGCGACCUCUUCGAUGGUCCCAAGGAGGGGCCAAACAUUAAGAAGCACGUGAUGAUCAAUACCGAGUGGGGCGCGUUCGGUGAUGACGGUGCGCUCGACUUCAUACGCACGGAGUACGAUCGCGAGAUCGAUCAGCACAGUAUAAACCCGGGCCGGCAGCUACAAGAGAAAAUGAUCUCGGGCAUGUACAUGGGCGAGCUGGCUCGUUUGGCGAUAGUAAGGUUCACGAAGGCAGGCCUUCUGUUCGGUGGUGUCGGUUCCGAUAUUCUCUUCAAGCGCGGCCAGUUCUUCACGAAGUACGUUUCGGAAAUCGAAUCGGACAAACCGGGAACGUAUUACAACUGUCGGGAAGUGCUGGAAGAGCUGGGCCUCGAGCAUGCGACCGAAGAGGACUGUGCGAAUGUGCGCUACAUCUGCGAGUGUGUAUCUAGCCGGGCGGCUCACCUCGUAUCGGCCGGUAUUGCGGCAUUGAUAAACAAAAUGGACGAAACGAGCGUGACGGUUGGCGUUGACGGUUCCGUGUACCGUUUCCAUCCCAAGUUCCAUGAUCUGAUGGUGCAAAAGAUUCGACAGUUUGUGAAACCGCACAUUUCCUUCGAUCUGAUGCUAUCGGAGGAUGGUUCCGGUCGUGGUGCAGCGCUAGUAGCGGCCGUAGCAUGUCGCGAGGCACAGUAA